CGCUUAUCGGCCGCAGCGGCCCAAUGAAGAGCCUCUGUGCCGCUGUCAAACACAGCUGAUCGGUGAUUCAGGGGCGAAGAGUACACCGAAAGCUGCCACUUGUUGCUGAGCAAGAGCAGCGAUCGUCAGCUGACCGCCGGAGGUCUCAUCCAUCUUCACUUUUUUCCCCCCAUCCUCACAUCUCACUAAGAAAAAAAAAGCAACUAAACCCACCUCUGCAACCGCUCCGGUACCAGAUCCCACCGCUGCUGCCUCAUUUACGACUUCUAGGAAGUCCGGUUUGAUGUCUGCGUCACUUUACUAUCCUUGGCCAUGUGGACGCAUCAGUCUGGUCUGUGGACUCCUCCUCCUGGCCUCUCAACAUCCCGCUGCAGGCAGACUGAGCAACUGCACUCAUCCUCUGGUGCCUGAACAUGGAGGUUUCCGCUGCGAUCCGUCGCCGUGCCGAGGAUUUCCCCAUAGGAGCACCAUCCACUUCUUCUGUGAGCCUGGAUACCACAUCAGCAGCAACAUUCGCGCCUCCAGGUGUCGCCAUGGGAAGUGGAUGCCUCCGAUACCGGCCUGCGUCCCGAUCAGAGACGGUCCAAACAUGAACUCUAACAGCCGAGUGAAUGACUCUAUGCCCAGCAUGGCCACGACGGCAGUGGGCGUGUCCAUCUUCCUGCUCACCACCACCGCCUGCCUCGUGGUCAAGUCCCGCCUCUUCCCCUGUCAAUCACAUGGCAGCCGUCGCUCCUCAGACCAGCUGGACCUGAUGGUGGACGGACUUCCUGUCUCUCUCCCUUCCUACGAGGAAGCGGUUUAUGGCAGCUGGGGUCAACGUAUACCUGCCUGUUCAGUACCGGGACCCACCCAGCUACUUUUGGCUCAGGAGGCGUCUGGCUGUCAUCAGUCAUCUGCCAACAACCAAUCCGAUGGCAGUCCUUGCCCCCUCCUGUCUGGCCAAAGCCCAGACAACCCCCCGCCCCCUUAUGAGGAGGUCCAAUCACGUCCUAGAGACAGAAUGAGUGACGAAGAUGUCCGGCAGCUACAUGUCGCACUUUUAGAUGACAAAGACACCUGAGUGACAGACUGUGCUUCUUGUUGUUCUUUGUUAUUUCCAGCACAUGAGCUGCUGUUGUUUGGCAUAGAGAACUCGAUUGAAUUGACAGCUGAUCUCUGCGGCGUCGACUCCGCAGAUGAUGACGGCUGAACCACUGACUGCAGACUCCUGUGCUGCCUGCACUUUUCCUGGUUGGCUGCAGCUCACCAGCAUCAGGACACGGUCCUACCACACGCUAUUUUAGAUGAUGCUGAUAAGCUCUGAUUGGCCAGCUGUCAGGUCACAAAAGACCUGAAGAAGAGAACAUUUAUUAAUGAAAUGUUGAUUGUAUUGUGUAAUGUAUGAAUGCAUGUGACAGGAGAAGAAGAAGCAGA